AUGAAGCAGUUCAUUGCGAGUGCACCCACUGGGUGUGUGAAGUACAACCAGGGGAUCAGGCCCAGCCAGCAGGUGUUCAUGCAAGGCAGGUCCUGCUUGACCAACCUGAUCUCCUUCUACGACAAGAUGACCCAUAUAGUGUAUGACAGAAAGGCUGUGGAUGUCAUCUACCUGGACUUUGCUAAGGCCUCUGACACUGUUCCUCACAGUAUCCUGCUGGAGAAACUGGCUGUUCAUGGUGUGCAGUCCAAUGGUUGGUCUGUUCAUGUCCCAUCUGAUGUUACUGGUGAACUUGGGAAGAUGGUUAUCCUGCCCUGUACUUUCACACACCCCUACAAAACGUUUGACAGGACCCUCACUGCCAUUUGGAGGAUCAAGGAACCUUACAACGGCACGAUAGUUUUCAAGUGCAUUAGUCAGAGCACCAGCGAGCUCUGCAAGACUGCCAUCAGCUACAAAAACAAAUACAAACUGCUUGGCAACCCCCGGCACAAGGACCUUUCCAUCAGGAUUGACAAUCUGACCUGGAGCGACAGCGAGAGAUACUUCUGCCGAGUGGAGUUGUCCGGAGAUAUCCACGACAAGUAUGAAAGCAGGAACGGGAUAAAGCUGCAUUUGAUUGCUGCCCCCCGGAUCAUCAACAUCACGGUCAUCUCCAAUGGGGAUCAGACCUUCCAGGCACGCUGCACAGCCGAGGGCGAGCCUGCGCCCACUCUCACCUGGACCGGACCCCCCAACAGCAACCUCACCUCCACCACCAGCAUGAACCACCGCGUCACCAAGGAGCUCCGGUACCUGACCCAUGACGGAAAAUACACCUGCACGGCUGUCAACGGCCACGGGAGAGCAGAGGGGACCGUGUACUUCUAUAAAUUCAAAGCAUCCAACAGCUCCUUUUUCCUGAUACUGAUUUUUGUUCCACUGGGAAUUAAAGUGCUCAUUUUCCUGGUGAUACUGGGCUUCGCCUUUUUCUCAAGAGGAGGCCACAGCUGCAAGACUCCACCUAUGAAAACUUUGACCGCAGACACGGCGGCAGCCAGACUUUGCCAGCAGAAAGGACAGCAUCGAGACGGAGCUGAGGACCUGGGUGGUCUCAUCCGCACCCCCCGGCACGGUUCGAGCUCCUGUCGACUCCGCACAAGGGUGCCUUUUCCCAGUGAACAUAAGACUGCUGGUGACUGA